UCUCGCGCUCGUGGACGCGCACCAGCAGAUCAGACAGCCCAGCACACAGAGCGAACAUGGCGGGCGCCUCCGACCCUCUGGAAGACAUGCUCUUCUCCGAGGUGGACGAGAAAGCCGUUAGCGACCUGGUUGGCUCCCUGGAGUCUCAGUUGGUUGGCCAGAGCGAUGAGGCCACCGCACAGCCCGAAAACACUCACCCGGGCUGCGCAAACACACACCUGGGCAGUGCGAAGCAGCAGGCGGGAGGAAGAGCGCAGCUGCGUGCCAGUGUAGACAGUAAAACAGAACCACCACCACAACAGCAGCAGCAGCACGGGUGUACAGUUGCGCGCAACGUGGAUUCUGACCCGAAAGAAACCAGCAUGGAACUACACGCGAAAGCUUUGGAGAAGGAGAACACUCUGAAAUCACAUGGCAACAUCGUUAUCAUCACUACAGCAUCUGAUGGGGCACCGGGCAACAAAGGCGAGAGCCCGAGGGACACCUGUAAGAAACACCCGUCCAAUACGCGCUCCCUGCGGAGCGUAGCAUCACACAGUCUCAAUGGCAACGGAGGAGCCGCAGCAGCAGCAGCAUCACCCACCACAUCCAACUCUCCUCCGGGUACCGGAUCAACCGCCGUCACCCUGCCGUGUCCGAACAGCACGACUUUUACCGUGUCUAGUAACCCUCAAGCAGUCGCGCUGGACCGCGGAACGCCCACUAUCGCGCUGCAGCGACUCCCGCGUCAUAUCAUCGCCAGCAUCGCGCAGAACGGCAACGGCACCACGGUGUCCGCGCUGGUCCAGCAGGGAGCCCAGAUCGGAGCGUCGGGCGCGCAGGUGAACCACAGUAAACCCGCAGACGCGAAACCAGCGGUGAAUUUGGUCUCUGGUCCCGCGCCGACUUCGGUGACUUCUGUUCCUGUCAAACCCAGGGCGGCUCCGAUUAGCCCGCUGAUCAGACCUGCGCAGACGCAGCCGCGUCCCGUUACACCUGCGCAACAGAGGAUAGUCACGCCGCAGCUGAUUGUAAGACCACCACAACCACAAACUACUAUUCAGCUGCCACCUGGAUUCACCAUCCCACCAGGUAUGGUUCUGGUGCGUACAGAGAUGGGUCAGCUGGUGAUGGUUCCUCAGCAGGCUUUGGCUCAAGCUCAGGCCCAGAACAACAUCUCACCCCGACCUUCCACACCCACCACCGGUACCACAUUUAGGGUCACGACCCCACAGUCUCCUGUAAGUGCUCAGGCAAUUCGGCCCGCUCCCACGGCACAAACGAAAUUGGUCCAGUCCAGUUCACCCAGUGCCGCAGCCCAGACCAGCACUACAACCGGCCCUGCUAAGGCCCCUGUGGUGGCUGCCGUGGCAGUGACAGCUGCCCAGCAGGUCCAGCCAGCCUUGGGCCCUCAGGGGCCCCUCACUCAGAUGCCACUGGCCCCGCAGAGCGCAGCCACUCCAGCCCCCGGAGCCCUGGUCGUCUCCCAGGAGAUGCAGGAGAAUGUGAAGAAAUGUAAGAACUUCCUAGCAACGCUGAUCAAGCUGGCAUCCCAUAAUUCCCCUUCGCCAGAGACGUCUCGAAACGUGAAGACGCUGGUGCAGGAUUUACUGGAUGCAAAAAUUGACCCAGAGGAGUUUACCAGCCGGCUUCAAUCUGAGCUGAAAUCGUCUCCACAGCCUUACCUGGUCCCUUUCCUGAAGAAAAGUCUCCCUGCUUUGCGUUUGUCUCUACUGAACAGUCAGCAGUUCCUCACUCAACCUCUACAGCCAAACAAAACCAGCAUCUCACCCGUCCAGAUGGGUGUCAGCGUCCGGCCACAUCAACCCAACAGCACCACUGUAGUGCCACAAGGCAUUAAGAGGGCGGCGGGCCCUGGGGCUCAGAUACGGAUGCCUGUAGUCAUCACACAGACAGUGCGAGCGGCAGGUACUUUAGGCAAACCAGUAUCUAUCCAGAUGUGCAAAGGUCCUGCAGGAGUAACAAUCCAGCUCUCAGGAAACCAGAAAAACAAACUGAAUGAUCCGGGGGGCGGCGGCUCUUUCAGGGAUGAUGAUGACAUCAACGAUGUGGCAUCUAUGGCCGGGGUCAACCUCAACGAAGAGAGUGCUCGGAUCUUAGCAACCAACUCCGAGCUGGUGGGCAGAAAGAUCCGCUCCUGUAAAGAUGAGGCAUUCCUACCUACUGGCCUGUUACAUCGACGCAUACUGGAAAAAGCCAAGAAGUUUGGAUUGACGGAAGUCACGCUGGAGGCUGUAAACUUCAUUUCUCACGCCACCCAGUCCAGAUUACGAACUGUACUGGAGAAAGUUUCGUCCAUCGCGCAGCACAGAAUGGACUCGUCUAAGCUUCAGGAGGACGAGUGGUACGAACAGUCAUCUGAUGUUCGCUCACAGCUUAAAUUUUUUGAACAUUUGGAACGAAUGGAGAAACAGCAGAAAGACGAAAGAGAGCGAGAGAUUCUCAUCAGAGCAGCGAAGAGUCGCUCGCGGCAGGAAGACCCAGAGCAGGCCCGUUUGAAGCAGAAAGCAAAAGAGAUGCAGCAGCAGGAACUCGCCCAAAUGAGACAACGAGAUGCCAACUUGACAGCACUAGCCGCCAUUGGCCCACGAAAAAAACGCAAGGUGGACUCACCUGGAGCUACCAUGUCAGGCACUGAGGUGUCGGGGAGUUCUGCAGUCUCUCCAUCCGGAACGUCCACCCCUCCCAGCUCAUCGCGGCAGUAUUCCCGCCAGAGAAUAACACGCAUCAACCUCAGGGACUUCAUCUUCUACAUGGAGCAGGAGAGAGAGACCAGCCGAUCUCUCUUACUGUACCGUGCUCUUCUCAAGUAGCUAACGCUAACCAAACUGUCAACACUACACAGGAAACAGCAGCCAAACGAAACGAGCAAAUGUUCAUCCAGCGAUCGACUUCCUCCUCAGCCCUGCAACGUGCCUUCAGCCUCAUUCACCGUCUGAGUGUCCGUGACGUUGUAAUGUCAUUGUUACUUUUGAUAGUUCCUUUUCUUUUUUCAACGUUUUUCUAAGAUGUACUUCAUGUUUCCUCUGUUUCUCCUCACCAUUAUUCGGUGAUUACAUUAAUUGUAUUUAUGAUAGUGAAUUUUAAAGCUAUGUAAUCUCUGGCUUUGAGCCAAGAAACAUUUUUGUUUAUGUAUGUUUGUUUUUAUGUGUGUGGAUCUCAGAUCUAAUUCACUGUAUAUUUACCACAGAGAGCUUACAAUGAACAAUCUUUAAGACGAAACAUCUUAAAGUGAUCAAUGUAGUUUUUUAAAGAUAUAGCACCCUAAAAUGAAAAUUCUGUCAUCAUUUACUAACUCCCAUGUCGUUCCUCACACCAUAACCUUUAAAACUCAGCCUUAACCUGUAUACUGUUAUGAAUUCAAGAAUUUUAAAAUGACGUCUCAUUUGAUAACUACAUUUGAACGUUUUACUUAAAUAUUAACAACAUUUUAAUCAAAGACAUAAUUUCAGGUAGGGGAAAAGGUAGCUUCAAGAUAUCUGAUAUCUAAAUGACUGUUGUCUCCUACGUCCAGAAGAUUGUGCAAUGAAUCAAUAUAAACCAAACAGCACCGUAUUAUAGCAAUUGAUUAUUGCAAAGAACAUAUCUAGCUGUUAAUAAAAAUGCUUUCAAUUAUCAAGUCAAAUGAUUUAGCUUAUUCUGAAAUCCAGAAGAAAUGCUUCAAUAGACGGUUCAAUGUAAAAUUAGUGUUGCACAGUAGCCUAUACCGGUGCCAUAGUACUACCACAGACUCAAGCUUCAAAAUACUGGAGGUACCAGAUUGUUUUUCAUUAAAUAAAGUUUUAUGUACGUACCUCAUGCUUAUACAGUGAGAUGCUGAUAAGUGAGCAAGACACAACAGCCAAAGAGGGGCCGUUCACUCCGAACGCGUACACUAGGUGGAUGUCUUUGACCGCUGCGCUACGUCUCUCUGUUUUGUCAGCAUUUCGUACAGAAGUACUGAAUUUUAUUAGAUGCUGUGUCAACUUAAAAGGAAAUUCAAUCUUUUAAACAUGUCUGGAGACACCCGCCUUCUGUUUUAUUUGCUGCGCUACGUGUGUUUAAGACCAAGAAUGUGAUCUGUCUGAACAGCCUGGCCUGUCGGUCAUCGUCAGUGCUUGGCACACAAAUGUAAAUUUUUUUCUUAAAUUCGACGAAUUUUUAAAAUAAUUUUAGACAGCCUUAUUGUAAGCCAGUGCCGUUUUGGCAUCAAUAAUGCUUAGACACCAUUUUUUAAUCUGAACGUCGAUACAAAGCUAUCGUAUGGCUUUAGAAGACUUCGAAGUUAGCGUUUCAGUUUAAUAUGUACUUUUGUGUUCAGUGGUAAAAACAACAGCAUUCGGGUUUCGAACAACAUGGGAGUGCUGAAAUAAUGACAGAAUUUCCAUUUUGGGGUGAACGGUUUCCCAAAUGUAUACAUCAGUGUCAAACCAAUUCACAGUAUUUAAAACCCCAUAAAAAUAAUUUAUUCACUUAAAAAAUCUUUUAAGAAAGAACUUUUCAAAAUCUUUAUCAACGAAACACUGUAAAUAGGUUUUUUUGAAGAAUUGUGUUUAUAAAAGCAUGUAGAAAUUAUUUCCACAUGAUAUUAUAGCAACAAAAUAAUAUUUCAAAAUCAUUUCCAUAACAAGGAAUGAAAUAUUCCUUAAAACUCAUGAGCUUUUUAAUAUCACGAUGCUUUACUGUUUCAUCGUGUUUUGUGCACCUUUAAUAUGUAUCCAUGAGAAGCACAUAUCUCGUGUUUUCCAAAAACAGGCCAGCAGCGAUCCAUGCUAGAGCAAUACGACAACAAAACACAUCACAUGCCACUAUCAGUUUGAUGUUCCUGUGUCCGAAACUUAAAGUCAACAUGAAAUGGCAUCCGCAGACCAGGAAUAUGUAUUAAGGAAGUAAACAGGGUCAUUUUUGAUGUUGAAUUAAAUAAGCAUUUUUUUUUUCUCUCACACAUUUUUGAUGUUUGGUGUGUAAAACUGGACUUCACAGCUCUAAACUGUGCAUUUCAAACCAACUCUACAUUAAUUAAAAAAAUAAAAACAAAAUAAAAGUGUAACAUCUGCACCACUAGUGUCACCAAAUGGAAUUGCAAAAAUGAUCACAGAUUACACUCUCCUAUCUGCCAUUAGUCAGAAAGUCCCAUUUUUUAUGGUAAUAAACUUAUGAAUGGCUUACUUACAGUUAAGCUGGAAUAGGAGAAAUAUUUUUAAAAACAUUAAAAAAAAAUUACACACUUCAGUUUUAUGCUCACUCAGUGUUAUCUUGUUACAUCAGUUACCUUGUAUUGUAAUACAGAUAUUUUAAGUAAAUCUUAAGUUAUUCAUUACAUUUGUACCUCGUAUUAUUCAUAAGCUCAGUUACUCCACUAUAAAAAAGAACUGUCGUCCACUAUGGACCGAUCUGUAAGCAUUUCGACAUCAUGUCACCUCUCGUGACAUGACGUCACCUCUAGGUGAUGUACUGUGUGACAUUUCUGAGUUCCGACCCAAUCACAGUCGGGAUGUCAGAUUUAAAAUCAGAUGCCCUCUUUUCUAUGCACCAUGAAUCCUGUUGAUUUGCAGUUGUUUAACACACAAUUUCCAGAAAGUAAUGCACAUUUACAUUUUUAUUUUUAUGAAUGUCUGUUUACUUUUUAUAUCUUAAUAGGAAACAGUAUUUCUGAUGUCAAACCAUGAGUCUAUGCCCAUAAAACUGUAAAAGGGAAAGCUUGUUUUGUAGCUAUUUAUAUUUUUUGUUUCUGUCAUUUAUGUUUUAGGCAGUACAGUUUAUUCCCCACGUUCUUUGGAACGCCACACAAAUUUGAAAGCACAAAUAUAUUUGUUCGGUUGUUUCAAACAACUUUGUUUUUCUUAUCAUUUCUGUUUUCUGAAGGAUGCUCUUUCUAGAUCUUUCGCUUUGUAGCCAAAAUAUUAUUAGGUCUCUAACCUCUUCAUAUUCUAUUACUUCUGUGCACAGCUGGAAUUUAAUGUUUCAGUCUAUGGAAUAUUCGUAUAUAUUGUUUACAAGACCUUGUGUUAAUUAGAACUAUCUUAUUUUUGGUAAAUUCUGUACAUAUCCUGAAAUAUUUCUGUUUGUGUGAACAUACUUCUGUAUUUGUACCUAUUUUGUAAAGGAAU